AUGGAGGUGAAUGCUGAUAACGUGCUCCAUAACGAAAACUUUGGAGAAGGUAUGGAGGUGAAUGGUGAUGUACUCCAUAGCAAAAACUUUGGAGGAGGUAUGGAGGUCAAUGGUGAUAAUACGCUCCAUAACGAAAACUUUGGAGGAGGGAUGGAGGUGAAUGCUGAUAACGUGCUCCACAACGAAAACUUUGGAGAAGGUAUGGAGGUGAAUGGUGAUGUACUCCAUAGCAAAAACUUUGGAGGAGGGAUGGAGGUCAAUGGUGAUAAUGUGCUCCAUAACGAAAACUUUGAGGGAGGGAUGGAGGUGAAUGCUGACAACGUGCUCCAUAACGAAAACUUUGGAGGAGGUAUGGAAGUGAAUGCUGUUAAAGUGCUCCAUAGCGAAAACUUUGGAGGUGGUAUGGAGGUGAAUGGUGAUAAAGUACGCCAUUACGAAAGCUUUGGAGGAUGUAUGGAGGUGAAUAGUGAUAAUGUGUUCCACAACGAAAACUUUGGAGGAUAUAUGGAGGUGAAUGGUGGUAAUGUGCUCCAUAACGAAAACUUUGGAGGAGGUAUGGUGGUGAAUAUUGAUAAUACGCUCCACAACAAAAACUUUAGAGGAGGUAUGGAGGUUAAUGGUGAUAAAGUACUCCAUAACGAAAACGUUGGAGGAGGUAUGGAGGUGAAGAGUGAUAAUAUGCUCUACAACGAAAACUUUGGAGAACAGAAUGCUUCAAUUAUACUUGCAAGCACAGACAAUGCCCAACCAUCGAUGGUAAAGGAAGAUUUGAAACUGUGA